AUGGACGACGCUCGCCACGUGCUCAAGGUCCUGCGCCGCGAGCAGCGCGACCUGUGGAGCCGCCUCGCGAGCGUUGCGCACGUACGUGUGGGCCACUCACGCAGGAUGCGCGCUACGUGGAUGAAGUCCAACCUCCGCUGCGGCGCAUGGUACACGGACCCCGCGCGCCUGCACGGCACGGCGUACUUCAAGUCGACCGACGGGCACAUGUAUGCGUGGGACCUAAGCCUGAAGCGCGCCAACUUGCACUUGGCCGAGUUGAUCGAGGAAAGUGUGGCGUCUAGCGAGCUCACCGGCUGCAUCCUCGUUGACUCGACACGGCGCGGCAAACGCUUUCCGGACGCGCUCGCCAAGACCGUGCCGAUUUGGUGCGCCGUACUGAACCGCGCCUCGGCGCGCGUACACGGCACCCCCGAGUGCCCCUCCCUGGUGACGCCAUUAGACGCUGUCGCACGCAGCGAGCAUGCCCAGAUCGAGGCGCGCCUCGAUGCAUGGACCGAGCGCCUGUGCUGCUCGGACCUGCGCGUGCCUCGCCUGUCUAAGCCGCUCGUCCCCGUGUUUGCGCAUGCGCCCAAUGUGCCGAGUCUACCGCUCGCCUCGCACCAACACCACGUUGUGCUUGUGAGCGUCUCUCCGGCCGUCACUGACGCAGUGUCCGUGCCGCCGCCAGCGCCCGGCGCCAUGUACGUGCAGGGCGCGGGUGACGAUCAUGAGGCAUGGGCAGAGGGCCUCACCCCUGGACUCUUUUGGCAGCACCGCUCAGCGCUCCUCAACGCAGCCCUCACGCGCGACGAGCGCCUCGCGCUCGUUCAUACCCUGGUCGCCAACGAGCGCGCACGCGCCGGCCGUGUAUUGUGGCUACCUGGUGAGGCGGACGCGCCACCCAUGGAGAUUUCCGGCACUGGUCUCGCUAUUCAAGCGCGACCGCGUGAGCGGGGAUUUAGUGCCACGGAGCGCGCGCGGUACGCCCUUCUCGUGCUUUGUGACCAGCCGCCUGCGCCUGCUUCCGACGAGCAGGCACCGCGUGUGCUCGCGCUUGGUCUCGAUGCAUCCAAGCGAGGUCUUGCCGCGUUUUCACAGGCACUGCCUGCCGCUGUCGAUGCCAUCACGGAGGCCCUGCAUGUGGCGGCUCGUGGUCAGGGUGCGGCUCCACGCGUUCUCCUCUGUUGCGAGACAGGCUUCCAGCUCAGUGGCGCCCUCGCUAUUGCUGUACUCGCGGCCUCUUUUGAUGAGCACCGCCACGGCCUGUUUGGCGGCCCUGACGCACAUGAGCGGCUCACGGCGCACCCGCCGGCGCUCCGAGCCGUGCGCACCUGCAACGCGUGA